UUUGAGCAGACAUCUUUUUAUGCGAUAAUUAAUUUCUUAUAAAAACUACAAAUUAUACUUUAGAAAAUAGUGAUAAAAGCUAUGAAAGUGUUGUGUUUUUAUAGUUAUGCGCGGAUCAACAACACAUAGGUGUACAAAUUAAUUGGAUUGCUAUUAAAAAUGAUCAUAUAAAUAAAUUCGGUCAUGGUUUAAUCUGAAAUGAUUUAAAGAGAAUGAAGAAAAAAUAGAAGUGAAAAGCAAACUGAAAGAGAGAUAAGAAAAAUACAAUAGUUGUUAAAAGAAAGAAUACAAAAUCAAAAAAAUAAAUGAAGUAGGGUGUUAAAUUAAGUCUGAAAACAGUUGAAAAUGAUCUCCAGUUUUUAAUCGAUAAGUAAAGAGAAAAGAAAGUGAAAACCUAUAUGGCAAACACGCGUAGUAAAAUUGACGGAAAAGCAAAACAACGGGAAAUAGAAAAAAUAUUUUAUGACGACGCACAGGAAGAGAAAACUGCCACGGCCACGCCGUCUAAAAGAAAAAUAAGUGCAACUGAAUUAAGACCAAACAUCAAGGUAGAAACCGAUCAAGAAGACGUCCGAACCGAAGCAGCAGAAUCUAUGCAUACCUUUAGUGAAACUGGAGCCGGGGUACCGGCGUUCUUGGCUAAGCUAUGGCGUCUGGUGGAUGAUCCAGAUACCAACCAUUUAAUUUGUUGGAAUAAGGAUGGCCGAAGCUUCAUAAUACAAAACCAAGCCCAAUUCGCUCGUGAAUUAUUGCCUCUGAAUUAUAAACACAAUAAUAUGGCCAGUUUUAUUCGACAACUAAAUAUGUAUGGUUUCCAUAAAAUAACGUCAAUUGACAAUGGUGGCUUGAAAUUUGACCGUGAUGAAAUGGAAUUUUCACACCCUUGUUUUAAACGUAAUUGCGCAUAUUUGUUAGAACAUAUUAAGCGUAAAAUUGCAAAUACAAAAGGUCUAGACGAUAAAUCAGGCUUGAAACCUGAAGCCGUUACGAAAGUGCUGCAAGAUGUUAAAGCAAUGCGUGGGCGCCAGGAUUCGCUAGAUUCGCGGUUUUCUGUUAUGAAACAGGAAAAUGAGGCACUAUGGCGUGAAAUAGCAUCACUCAGACAAAAACACGCCAAGCAACAACAAAUCGUUAAUAAGCUCAUACAAUUUUUGAUCACGAUUGUACAACCAUCCCGAAACAUGACCAGCGUGAAGCGACAUAUGCAGUUGAUGAUUCAUGACGCACCGGACAAUGCAAAGCUUCGUAAAAAAAGUGAGUCCGAGUCAGAGGGCGGGCCAGUUAUUCAUGAACUUGGAGAGGAGCUGCUCGACGACGUGAUCGAUCCCGACAUGAAUUUAAUCGAUACAGCCAGUCCUUAUGGCAUAUUAAUUCAAAAUCAUGAAGCAGAAAGUAGUGACUCUCCAAAGAACAUUGAACGACCUCAUUCUAGCAUCAGUCAAGUCUCUCAACAAUACGAUUAUUCUAAUCAAAGUGCAGAAGAUGCCAUGUACGCCGCCAUAGCUGGCGCUAGUGGCGCUGUAAAUUUGGGUGAAGCAACAAAUGUCAUUAGCUCUCCGAAAAAUGGAAUUGGCUCAGAUUCGUCAAUUAUUAAGUCUGUAAAUCCAGACGGCUCACAUAUAUUCUAUCAUGUUACUGAGGUGCCUGAUGCGUUAGAUUCGCAGCAAAGCGAUGCCAAGCCAAAUGCAUCCCCAAGUUACAGUGAGGAGAAUGUACUGACGACUCCCAUGGUGCGCCAGCAAAUGGCACGCACACAGCAGCUAAAACAAAGAAAUAGGCGUCGGCGUAAGCACGCGGAUGAGGAGGAAAAAACAGCCGACAUGCCCUCAUCUUCAGCAAUGGCAAGUUCCGGUGUAAAACGUCGAUCGCCAUUACAAAUUAAAGCCGAAAAGGGGUCGUCGAUUGAUUCUAUGCGGUUUUUAAGUGCUUUUUCUGAGGAUAAUGGAAUCAAAAAUACUGACAGUCAACAAUCUUCAUCGCUUAAAAGCAAUGCACUCGCUUCUUUUGGGAACGGCACUAGUUUGUUAAGUUCUGGUACCGAUAGGUCUUCACUUGCGAGUGGAACACAAGCAACAAACUUUUAUAACCCAAAUGAAUUUAUGACACCCGAAAUGCCUGCUGAUAUAUUUGAGGAAUCCGCAGUAAUACCCGCUGAGUCAGACAAUUAUAGCCAACAGCAGCAGCAACAACAACAAAAGCAACAACAACAACUUCAAUUUGGUCGGACAACAGCCAACAGUGGAAAAUUUUCCUCAUUCGUUGCACGCAGCAACAGUAAUGACAACGGUUUAGUAACCUCAAAUGGUGCCUCAACAUCUGCCGCAGCAGCAGCUGCUGCUGCCGGGAAUCAAUUUGCCAACCUCGAGAAGGAGAGCAAUAAUGCGAGUUCUCAAAUUUCUUCCCUGCACGGAAAAAAUAAUAACGGAGACAAUAUGUCACUAACUAAAUAUAAAAGUGGUGCUGCCGGUGGUACUGGCAGUGAGGAAAUUAUGCGUAUGAGCAUUGGAGAUGAAGUAAACGAUCAUUUGGAUAAUGUACAGGAUGAAUUAGAAUCGUUAAAGGAUUUAUUACGUAGCGACGGUUAUUCAUUAGAUGCUAACACUCUUUUGGGGAACGGAGAUGCCACAAAUACGACUAAUCGAAUUUCCCUGCCAUCACAACUGGAUGGGGAGUUUCUCACUAAGCUCUUUAAUGACGCCGAUAUUUUAGGACCAUAUGGCUUGAAUCUAGUAAAUGAGACCAACUAUGAUAAAAAAGGCUCGGAGCUUAUGUCAUAUCAACCAAUGUAUGAUCUUUCCGACAUUAUCGAUAUUAAUGACAAAAAUGAAUUGGAAGCGGUUAAUGAAGCGAGUAGGCCAAGUGGUUCCAGACAGCUGACACAGGCAGAGCAGCAACAAAAAGAUCCUCCAAGUGGACUUAACACACCUUAUAAUGACUACUUUGCUAAUGCACUUGAGCCAGCAAGUACUAUGAAAAAAUGAAAUAACUCCGAAAAAUAAGAUAUGCUUAAAAACUUGUUUGUGCUCUCAGAAAAUGUGUGAAACAUGCAUGGAAAGCAAACUAAACUGUAUUACAGAUCAGUCAUCGUUUGAUGUUGUUGUACAGUCCUUAGCAUGUCAACUUUUAUAUCACAUCACUCAGUUUUAAAGUUAAGCGAAGGGUAAAAAAUUCGUUCAAAUUCAUUGAUUUCUAACUUUUGAAAUUUAUCUAAAGUGUUAAUUCUUAUUCAUGUUAUGAUAAUAAUUCAUUAUCAUAAACCAUCUUAACAUAUAAUACUAUUAUAAUUGUUAUAGCCAUACCAUUGAAACUAAGUUUACUUUAUGGAUUUUGUUCACAUUUUUUUUUUUUUUUUUUUUUUUUACUAAUUAUUUGAAUUCUCUGCAAAAUCUUAUACGAAAAUUUUUUUUGAAACAUAAUUUAUAUUUUUUGUAAAUUUGGAAACGAACAACGUAUAAGUCUUUAAGGACAUGUUGACAAGAUUAGCCAAGUUGAAUAAAGGUAUCUUCAAGUAUUCCUUUUUUAUUUUAAAUACGAAAAUACAAUAAUUUAAAAAAAGCGAGAAAUGGGUCAUGGUUAGUUUUAAAAAAGAUAGCUGCGGAGAAGAAUAUAACAUUACAUUUUUUCAUUUCGAAGGAAAAAUUAUGCUAAAAGAAACUAUUUACUGAAUAAAGUUACGACAUCAGUUCACCACUAUAAAGUG